AUGGCCGACGAUCAACUUGAAGGUUCUAUCAAAAACAUCUUGGAACAAAAGUCACUUAAAUGGGUUUUCGUCGGUGGAAAAGGAGGAGUAGGAAAAACUACAUGCAGUUGUUCUCUGGCUGCUCAGCUAUCGAAAGUCAGAGGACGCGUUCUUCUGAUUUCCACGGAUCCCGCCCAUAAUAUUUCGGACGCAUUUUGUCAGAAAUUUACGAAAACUCCAACGCUCGUCGAAGGUUUCACAAAUCUUUUUGCAAUGGAAAUUGAUUCGAACCCAUCUGGAGAAGGUGUAGAAAUGGCAAAUAUCGAAGAAAUGCUCCAAAAUGCUGCACAAAACGAAGGUGGAAGUGGAAAUGGGUUCGCAAUGGGAAAAGAUUUCUUGCAACAAUUCGCUGGGGGACUACCAGGAAUUGAUGAGGCAAUGAGCUUUGGAGAGAUGAUCAAACUGAUAGAUUCUCUCGAUUUCGACGUCGUCGUUUUUGACACAGCGCCGACUGGGCAUACUCUUCGUCUUCUCCAAUUUCCAACACUUUUGGAAAAAGUAUUCACAAAGAUUCUCUCUCUUCAGGGAAUGUUUGGGCCAAUGUUGAAUCAGUUCGGUGGAAUGUUCGGAAUGGGUGGAGGAUCAAUGAAUGAAAUGAUUGAAAAAAUGACAACUACAUUGGAAAGUGUCAAGAAAAUGAAUGGACAAUUCAAGGAUCCGAAUUGCACAACUUUCGUUUGCGUUUGCAUCGCGGAAUUCUUGUCGCUCUACGAAACGGAACGAUUGAUUCAAGAAUUGACAAAACAAGGAAUCGAUACUCACAACAUUAUCGUCAAUCAACUGUUAUUCCCAGAUACAGAUGAAUCUGGAAAAAUAACAUGUCGAAAGUGUGGAUCUCGUCAAGCGAUCCAAUCGAAAUAUCUCAGUGAAAUCGAUGAAUUAUACGAAGACUUCCACGUCGUCAAGUUGCCGCUUCUGGAAUCUGAAGUUAGAGGAGGACCUGAAAUUCUUAAAUUCUCAGAGAGAAUGGUUCAUCCCGAGAAGAAUACCAAUCAGUGA